UGCUACAGCAGGUACGCGGAGCUGGGGGUCUUCGUCCUGUUCGGAAGCUAAAAUGUUGAUCUCACUGCAGAUUGACAAAGAUUUAUUCGAACGGAGGCUCGAGACGUUCUGAUUAGACGUUUGGAGCCAACAAAAACAACAACAACAACAACAACAACAACAGCCCGACAUGGAGAGUAGAUGAGUCCAGCAGGAAGUCCUGGACGUGUUUUAACGGCUGCAGAGCUGCAGAGAGCAGUUCGGAUUGUGAAGAGCGUCAGGACUGUCAGCACCACAGGUCCAGUCAGGACUUCAGAACCAGAGAAGAAGUUCUGUGACUGGAGCUGCAGGAACCUCAGCGUUGGAUCAGCGUCUCCUGAGAUGCCAAAGAAGAAGGAAGGAUUCAGAAUGAGCCCGUUCCCUCAAGAAGCAGCGCAGACAGACACCAGAGAGCGUCCUGCAGACGUCCAGCAGCUGUCGGUGAGUGAAGAAGAGGUUCCCCCUGAGCAACAGGAGUGCAGCUCCAGUCUGGACCAGGAGGAACCAGAACACCCACACAUUAAAGAGGAGGAACAAGAGGAACUUCGGACCAAUCGGGCGGAGGAUGAUGUCACCAGGUUCACAUUGCAGGAUCUUAAAGAUUUAUUCAAACAGCGACUGCUCACUGCAGCUCAAGAAGAUCUGAUUGGACAUUUUGAGACAACAGUAUGUGGAUAUGAAAAGGAGAUCGACCGGCAACAGAAACUGCUGGAUGUGGUUUUGAAGCCUGAAAUAAAGCUGCGAAGAGCAGAGCGUCCUGCAGACGUCCAGCAGCUGUCGGUGAGUGAAGAAGAGGUUCCCCCUGAGCAACAGGAGUGCAGCUCCAGUCUGGACCAGGAGGAACCAGAACACCCACACAUUAAAGAGGAGGAACAAGAGGAACUUCGGACCAAUCGGGCGGAGGAUGAUGUCACCAGGUUCACAUUGCAGGAUCUUAAAGAUUUAUUCAAACAGCGACUGCUCGCUGCAGCUCAAGAAGAUCUGAUUGGACAUUUUGAGACAACAGUAUGUGGAUAUGAAAAGGAGAUCGACCGGCAACAGAAACUGCUGGAUGUGGUUUUGAAGCCUGAAAUAAAGCUGCGAAGAGCAGACAUCCAGCAGCUAUUGGUGAGUAAAGAAGAGGUUCCUACUGAGCAGCCAGAGUGGAGCUUCAUCCUGGACCAGGAGGAAACAAAACCCCUACACAUUAAAGAGGAACAAGAGGAACUCUGGACCAAUCAGGAGGAGGAAGAUGUCACCAGGUUCAUCUUCACUCCUGUCCCUGUGAAGAGUGAAGAUGAUGAUGAAGAAAAACCUCAGUCCUCACAGAUGGAGACAGAAGCUGAUGAAGAGUUCUGUGGAGGACCAGAACCAGCCAGGAACUCAGAUCCAGAUCUUGAGACUGACGACAAGACUGAUGACUCUUCUGAGACUGAAGUUAGUGAUGAUGAUGAAAACAUCAACAAAGAUCAUUUAGGUUUAAACUCUCUGAAAAACACUCAAAAUGAUUCUCAUGAGAAACCACCACGCUGCUCUGAGUGUGGGAAAGUAUUUAAUAAAAUCUCACAUCUAAACAGACACAUGAGGAUUCACACAGGAGAGAAACCGUUCAGUUGUUCAUGUUGUGGCAGAAGAUUCGGCCAGAAGGAACAUCUGCAGAAACAUUUGAAAUGCCACACAGGAGAUAAACCUUACAGUUGUUCAGUUUGUAGUAAAUGUUUUUCUCAGUCUGAACAUUUACAGUUACACAUGAGAACGCAUACAGGAGAGAAACGGUACAUCUGUAGAGUCUGUGACCAAAGAUUCAUCUGGCCUAAUCAACUCAAAAGACACAAGUGUGUUGUUGUGUCCUCACAGCUUCAUCAGAGUUAUACUGAACAGAUGGAGACAGAAGCUGACAGAGAGGAGGACUGUGGAGGACCAGAACCGACCAGGACCUCUGACCCAGAUCAACAUUUACAACUUGAGACUGAAGACAGGACUGAAGUCUGCGAUGGUGUUAGAAGGAGCACAGAAUCUCAUUUAGGUUUGAAUUCUGAGAAAAUGAAUGGGUUUAAUUCUUGUGAGAAACCAUGUAGCUGCUCUGUCUGCAGUAAAGGAUUUAACCAGAUCUCACAUAUGAAGAGACACAUGAGAAUUCUCACAGGAAAGAAAACAUUAAAUUGUUCAGUUUGUGGUAAAAGAUUUGGCCAGAAUUCACAUCUUGAGACACAUUUGAAAAACCACACAGGAGAAAAAUCUUACAGCUGCUGGUCUUGUAAUAAAUGUUUCACACAAUCUGAACAUUUACAGAAACACAUGACAACACACACAGGAGAGAAGCCGCUCGGCUGCAGAGUCUGUGACCAAAGAUUCACUCGGCCUCAUCGACUCCAAUCACACAAGUGUGUGGGUGAGUCUUCACAGCUUCAUCAAAAACAAACUGAGAUGGAAGCUGAUAGAGAGGACUGUGGGGGACCAGAACCAGCCAGGAACUUCGAUCCAGAUCAACAUUUACAGCCUGAGUCUGACAACAGGACUGAAGACAGAGUUUCAGACUUUUCUGAGUCUGAGAGUGACAACGAUGAUAAAGACUGGAAGGAUCCUGAGAGGAAAUGUUGUCGCUGCUCUGUGUGUGGUAAAACAUUUAAACAUCGAGGAAAUCUUAAUACACAUCUGAGAACUCACACAGGAGUGAAACCAUUCAGUUGCUCUGUGUGCAGCAAAACUUUUUCUCAGAAAUCAGGUCUGGACUACCAUUUGAGGAUUCACACAGGAGAAAAACCGUUCAGCUGCUCGGUUUGUGGGAACACUUACAGAAACAAAGGAACUCUGAAUUACCACAUGGCGAGCCACACCGGGGUGAGACCGUUCAGCUGCAGCGACUGUGGCAAAACAUUCAGGGGGACGUCACAGCUUAAAAUUCACAAGUGUGAUGAUGAGUUGUUACCGAUCCACAGAAACCACAGACGCACUAAACCACUGACCUGCUCUGAAUGUAACGUAACGUUUCCCAACAACUAUGUUCUUAUGACACAUAUAAGAGCGCACAAAGGCAAGAAACUUUUUACUUGCACAAUUUGUGGCACAACACGGCAGUACAGUUCCCAUCUAGAGAUCCACAUGAGAACCCAUACAGGAGAGAAACCCUACAGCUGCUCUGUCUGUGGUAAAAGAUUUUCACAAAGAGGAAUCAUGACGCAGCACAUGGCCGUCCACUCAGGGGUGAAACCGUUCAGCUGCACUGACUGUGGGAGAGAAUUCUUUUGGCAGUUUCAAAUUAAAAAACACAAGUGUCUUGCCAAAUCCUCACAGCAAAGACACACUGGUCCUGCUAGAAAGAACUGUGGAGGAUCAGAACCAGGCCGAUACUUGAACCUAUACAGAUGUUUAAAACCAGAUGCUGAGAAAGACAAGUUGUCUUCAGAAAACGAUGACAAUGUUGACCUUGACUUUUGGAAAGAGACCAGGCAACAUCAGUUAGGUUUCACCUACUGCAGGAAAAAUCUGAGAGAGAAAGUAUCUGAGAACGGGGGCUGUGACACUGGAGAGAAACCCCUUGGCUGCUCUGACAACAGAGCUGCAACUGUACCAAAGACCAAUGACAGUGUUGACAUAGAUCUCUGUAAACAGACCAGGCAGCAUCUGUCAGGUCUAAACCAGCUGAAGAAUGAGGACGUCUCUGUGAGUGAUAAAGGAUUUAAUACUGCCAAGAAAACAUCCAGCGCCUUGUUUAGCUGCUUAUUUUGUGGGAAAGGCUUUGCAACAGGAGGAUAUCUUACAAGACACAUUGCCAUCCAUGUUGGAGAGAAACGACUCAGUUGUAUCAUUUGUGAGAAAACAUUCACUUCAGAGUCGGUGCUUAUAAGCCACGAAUGUGUUGAAGAGUCUUCACAGCUUCAUCAGAGCCAGACUGCAGAACAGAUUUCUGCCAAUAAAUCGUUUAUUUGCUCUCAGUGCGGAAAAGGAUUUAGCCGUAAGCACAAUCUACAGGUACACAUGAGAAUUCACACCGGUGAGAAACCAUUCGGCUGCUCAGUUUGUGGAAAAGUAUUUUCCAGGAGUGAAAGUUUAAGUUUUCACAUGAUGUGUCACACAGGGGAAAAGCCUUUCCACUGUUCGGUCUGUAACACAGGUUUUAUAGACAGCGAAUCUUUAGUCAAACACAUGAGAAUCCACACGAGACAAACACAGUUCAGUUGCUCAGUUUGUGGGAAAGAAUUUGCAUGGAGAAGAUAUCUGACGAAACAUAUGGAAGUCCAUGCAAAGGAGAACAACUACAGGUGCAGUGUUUGUGACGAAAGAUUCAUCCAGAUUUCUGAACUUCAUCACCACCAGUGUGACAGAGAAACAUCACAGAUUCAUGACAGAGACACUGAGAAAAAACAGACAGAACCUCCAGUCAGAACCCCAACUGAACUGAUGGAGACAGAAGCUGAUGGAGAGGACUGUGGAAGACCAGGUCCAGCCAGCAACUCUGAUCCAGAGCAACAUUUACAACCUGAGACUGUAGACAAGUCUGAAGACUCUCCUGAACCUGAGACCGAUAACUGGAAGCAGACGAGAGAACCUCAGUUCAAUGAUUAUGAAGUUCCUCAGAGAGAUUCAGUCGGUACGACUGAUGAGAAACUCUUCAGCUGCUCUGAGUGUGGGAACACUUUUUAUAACGGUCACCUUCUGAUGAUCCACAUAAAAAAUCAUACAGAAGAGAAAGUGUUCAGUGGCUCAGUGUGUGUCAAUCAAUUUACUGAAAGAGAAAGUCCAAGUCAAGCCUGUACGGUCCAUGAUGGGGUCCACAGAGGAACGAGGCAGGAGGAUUCAGAGACCCCACGUAUUAAAGAGGAACCACAGGAACUCUGGAUCAAUCAGGAGGAGGAUGAUAUCACCAGCUUUACAUUCCCUCCUGUCCCUGUGAAGAGUGAAGUUGAUAAUGAGGAAGAGAAGCCUCAGUCCUCACAGCUUCAAAGACAUACUGAAGAGGACAGUGGAGGACCUGAAGCAGCUCAGAACUCAGAUCUAGAGAGACAUUUACAACCUGAGACUGAUGACAGUGUUGACAGUGAUUUCUGGAAGGAGACCAGAGAACGUCCGGCAGGUUUGUCCUCUUUAGGAAAUGAUGAAAUCUGUGAAAGUGUUGCAGGAUGUGAUUCUGAUGAUAAGGCGUUAGAGUCUGAACCUGAGAGUGACGACAGCGACGACAGUGAUUUUUGGAAAGACAACAAAAAACCUGAGGAAACUCACAGGAAACCACACAGCUGCUCCGAGUGUGGUAAAAGGUUCCUCCAUGUUCAUCAUCUGAAGAACCACAUGAGGUUUCAUGUUAGACAGAAAGCUCCAUUCUUUUGUUCUGUCUGUGGUCAGGAGUGUCUUUACAAGUCCCACCUGAAGAUCCACAUGAGGACUCACACUGGAGAGAAGCCGUUCCCCUGCCCAGUCUGCGGGAAAAGAUAUGCACACAAGGCGAGUAUGCAGUCACACAUGUCCAUCCACACUGCGAACAAACAAUACACCUGCCAAGCCUGUGACAAAAGCUUUGGUUGGUAUACAGAACUUAAAUACCAUGAAUGUGUCGGCUUGUCUGACUGCAGAGAAACCACGUAGCUACACACAGAAUGAUUGUGUUGCAUGAAAGGAAUCUGCAACUAAGUUGGGCCAUUGUACACCAGCUCACGUCACCUCCCGGCUCACGUCAUGAUUAUCUUGAAGAAAUGGACGUUAAAGCAUCUGCUAGUGUUUUUAGAAGUUCGGCCCCAGAGCUAAAUUUAUUGUUUCUGUGGUUUGUUGUUGGUUUUUAUUCUAGACCUUGUUGACUACUUUAUCAUCUAAUCUGCAACAAACCAAAUCAACACAUGCUGUAACUUGCAAAUUUCCUGGCAUCGAAGACAGACACCUUUUCGUCAUGUGCUGAUUUUGUAAAUCACAUCUUGUUAAACAACAGUCAGAAUCCAAAGAAAUUCUGUUUACUGUAAUUUAUGUCAGAAUCAAGCAGCAAAUGUUUUUGCUGUCUGUGUUGCCACGACUGAAACUGCAGAUUGUUUUUACUUUAUUUCUUUAGAUAAAGAACUUAAUUUGUUUUUGAUGGCAGUGAAGAGACUCUUGUUCAGUCCAUGUUCUGGAUGUGUUUUAGAUAUUGAUGAUGUUCCUGUUGGACUUGAUCAUCUGUGUGUUUUAUCUUAAAUAUUGUAUCAUCACAUUAUUUUAUAUGUUGUUGAAUCAGGAUCUCCCAUGCAUGAUAAUAAAUCUAUAAAGUUAAACAGAGCUGUUAGUAACAUUCAUUAUCACACAGCAUGUUGUUUAAACACAGUCAGCUCAGUGGACAGACUUAAACCUGAACCUGAACCUGAACCUGAACCUUAACCUGAACCUGAACCCAGACCCGUCACACUCAGUAAGCAGGUCUGGAUUCUGUUUCAAUCUGACUUUCUGGCACAAAAAGCUGAUUUGAACUCUUCAGGUGUAAAUGUAAUUUUAACUCUUCUGAUUAACUAAUCAAUCACUGUCUCCAUUAAUCGAUCAGAUGAUUGGUCAAUAAAGUGUCUAUGAGCUGACUCUUUAUACUCUUUCACACCAACUUAUAGAUUAUCAGAGUAAUGACCAACUAAUCGAUUCACGUUCCUAAUGUUUAUUCAGUGUAUUGGUUCUGAUCCAGUCCAGCAGGGGCAACCUCACCUCUUCCUGCAGGUGUGUUAUUACAUUACACUACAACCAAAGUUUUGUUUUUUCAGUUUGUAACUCUUUAAUGAUGUCAUGCCGCCGUGUGAUUGGACGACAGUGAGCUCAGGAGGUUAACCUGGAAGAAAAAUAACUACUCAGCUGAGAUACUGAUCAGUUCUAAACUGGAGCUGAAAUAUGAUGUCUAUCAAGGCUGAUGAUGAAUUGAUCAGUUGAUUGAUUUGUAGAAUGUUGAUCAGUGUUGAUCGAGCUGACAGCAGAAACAAUGACUCAAACUGCCAGCUGCAGUUUUCAAACUUCAGCUGAUCUGAUUGAUUUAAAUGUGAUCAGCCUCAUUCAUCCGUCUGUUCAGUCUUCAGUUCAUUUUGAUGCCACAGACCAGCUGUGACGCCUUUCAUGGAUCAACUUCCUCUGUCUAUAAAUCACCUGAGCAGACGUGUCCUCUCACUACACUGGUCGAUGACAUCAUCAUCAUCAUCAUCAUCAUCAGUAACACCUGUGAACGUCACGCAGCCUCAGGAUGCCAAAAUGAAACAUUAGAACAUGUUAAUAAAAUAUGAUGUAAAUGUCAAAUAUGGAUAAAAACAGUAAUGGUUUAUGAGACAAAUAAAUUAAACACAGAACAGAUUACAGGUUAUUAUUAUUAUUAUUAUUAUUAUUAUUAUUUAGAGUCAUAUUUCCGUUUCUGCAUCUCUGAACACUUUGUCAUUAUAUCUGUCACAUCUAAAGACACACUCGUCCUACUGUCCAGACUUUAUUCUGUGUACUCUUUACUUCUUUAUUAAUUGUGUUAUUAUUUCUUAUUUAUGUUUCACGUAGUAUUGACCCUUUCUGUAGUGGAGUCUCUACAGAUGAGUGUUCUUGUACAACCACAGUGACAAUAAACAUGUAGACAUGUUUCAUGAUGUCGCAGCUGUAAAUGUUGUACAGAAUAAUGAAGUGAAGAGACACAAAUAAAUAAUCCUGCAUCCAUAAACCAGAUUCUCUCUGAGCUGUGUGAUGUCAUAACCAUCAUAUCUAAAUAAAGUGACUUGUGAGAAGUGGGGUGCUUUGUGUGUGUGUGUGUGUGUGUGUAUGAGAGUGAGAAAGUCAUGGACUGAGUGAAGUCAUAAGUCACUACAACGUCACCUGACUCCCUUAAGAAAUUACACAAUUUUGAGU